AUGCUGGCUCCAGUACACGCCACAGAUCCCAACGAGGUGCUUAACCCGCCUGAUCAGGUUUCGUUGAAAGAUCAGGAACUUGAUGAUAUUAGAGACGAGAUCGACAAGGGAAAGGACGACACGGUCAACACUCAAACUACCGAUUGGACCGUCAGUGAAGACUACAAUUUUGAUGAAUGUGAACAUGGGAAGCCUGAACCAAGGCAGCCUGUGCCUCCAGCUUACCGUGGCUGGAAGGAAGUGGGAGGAUACGACCACACUGAAAAGUUGACUGUUGAGGACGAAAUGACUGAUUUGUUGUCGAAGAGUUCUUUCUUUGACAACUACUUGCCUUCGAUGACUUUUGGCGACUGGUACCAUAAUGUUGCUUAUAUGAUUUUGUCUGGUUUGCUUUCGUGGAUUUUUGGAUGGUUCCGUUUCUCGUUGGCCCCAGUGUUUUUCAUCAUGCUUUCGUUUGGUAUCUUCUACCGAAGCUCGGUCAGAAAGUACAGACAAGCAUUGCGUGAGGUGGCCCAGAGAGAGUUUUCCGUCAAGUCCAUUGAGAACGACUACGAGACUAUGGAUUGGCUUAACGUGUUUUUGGAGAAGUUCUGGCACUUUUUGGAGCCAUCCGUGGCUCAGAUCGUUACUGACCAAGUUAACCCUAUUUUGGCUUCUUCCCCUGCUCCAGGCUUUAUCAAGGCCUUGUGGCUUGACAGUUUCACCGCCGGUACUAAACCACCCAGAAUUGUUAAGGUGAAGACUUUGGCUGGUACUGCUGAUGAUGUUGUGGUGAUGGAUUGGGCUGUUGCCUUCACUCCAAACGCCUUGGCUGAUUCCAGUAACAAGCAGCAGAAGAACAAUGUUAACGAGAAGGUGGUCACCGUGGCCAAACUUUUCGGUAUUGAGAUCCCUGUCGCUGUUUCUGAUGUGUCUUUCACAUGUAUCCUUAGGGUCAGAUUGAGAAUGAUGACUGCUUUCCCCCAUAUUGAAACCAUUGCUGCUACUUUGAUGGAACCUCCUCAUAUUGAUUUCAACUCCAGAGUUUUGGGAACCACUUCCUUUAACUGGGAAGUUUUGGCCGUUCCUGGUUUGUACCCUCUCAUCAACGAGAUGAUCAAGAAGUAUGCUGGUCCAAUCGUCUUUGCUCCUCUUUCCUUCCAGUUGAACGUGCAGCAGUUAAUGGCUGGAGCACCUUUGAACUCGGCAGUGGGUCUUUUGGUGAUUGAUGUGCAACAAGCUAAGGGCUUGAGAAACUUUGGUGGUAUUAACAAUACUGUUGAUCCUUACGUCACUUUUGGCUACUCUAAGGAAGUUCUCGAGAAGACCUCUUUCAAGAAAGACACUAAGAACCCUGUUUGGAACGAAAGAUUGUACGUUGUUGUUAACACUUUCGCUGAGCCAUUGAACAUUAAUGUUAUGGACAAGCGUAAGCAUAGAAGUGACAACCAGAUUGGUUCUAUUCAAGAAGCAGGAAAUUACUGCCCUAUCAUUCGUAACAGUAAGCCUGUUGGUGAACUCCUGUUGAAGAUGCACUACAUGCCAACUUUGGUCUCUCAGAGACAACCAGAUGGUGCCACCAUUCCUCCACCAGAACUUAACAGUGGUAUUGCUAGAGUUGAGAUUGCAGGUGCUAGACACCUCAAGUCCGAGACUGAGGAGCCAUUGACCACCUACGCUGAGAUUUGGAUGAACGGUAAAUGCGUUGUCAAGACUGGUGUUCAGAAGAAGACAAACAGUCCAUCAUGGUCUGGUGCUAAGGAACUGAUUAUCUUCAAUCGUGCGAAAACUAGAGUUAAGAUUCUCAUUAAAGAUGACAAGGGUAACACUAUUAACGCUGUUAUUAAGAGACUUAAUGAUUUGAUCGAUGCUGCUCAAGUUGAUGAUCCAUGGUUCCAGUUGCCUAACGGUGGUGAAAUUCAGAUCAACUCUUUCUGGAAGCCUGUUAUGUUGGAAGAUGCCGAGGGUACCGCUGGUUACACUCCUCCUAUUGGUGUUGUCAGAGUCAGUGUUCGUAAUGCUGAAGACUUGCGUAACUUGGAGACUAUUGGUAAGGUUGAUCCAUAUGUUCGUCUUAUGAUUAACGGAAAUGAGAGAGCCCGAACCACGCACUUUGAUUCGACAUUGGAGCCUUCUUGGAAUGAAGUUCACUAUGUUACUGUCUCGUCUCCGAACCAGAAAUUGACAAUGGAAGUAAUGGACACUGAGAAGAUGGGUCCUGAUAGAACAUUGGGUUCUUUUGAUGUGAAAUUGCAGCCUUUAAUUCAAAAGGAUAGCAAGGGUAACUAUGUCGAGACUGUUGACCCAACCUUAAGAACAUCUAAGUUGAUUCACAAGAAGGGUCCUAAAGGUACUGUCACUUACUCUUUGUCGUUCUACCCGGUUCUUCCAGUGAUGACAAUGGAAGAUAUCAGAGAAGAAGAAGAAGAGCGUGAGAAGGAUAGAAAGAUCAAGGAGAAGAAAGACAGGCUUAUUAAAGAGAAGGGUGAGAAUGCUGCAGACAAGUUUAUGGAAGACGAGACGAAGGCCCAAAAAGAAGAGAAGGAGGAGAAGGAACUACUCAGUUCCGGUAAGUUGCGGAUGGAAUUGGACGAGCUCGUUGAGUAUAAGAGCGGUGUUUUCAUUUAUGAAAUCUCUCAGAUUGAAUCUUCGAAGGAAGGUUUGUUCCUUCAGGCUUUCUUUGACAACCACGGUCUUCACGACUUCGUCACUCCAAAGUUGAAACAGAAGAAGACACAACUGACAACCACUGGUGACUAUGUGGUGAAGGAAUUGGACAAGUCCGAGGUGACUUUCAGACUCCAGAAGAAGGAGCACACCAACAGGGUAGAGAAGGCAGCUGCUGAGGUUACCGUGCCUGUGUUAGACUUGAUGAAGGACUCCUUCAACAAGACCACUACUAUUACUCUCGAGGGAUCCGUCACUGCUAGGGUUACUUUGCAGUCUUCUUGGGUUCCAGUCAUUUACGCGAGUGACAUUCCACCUCAGGACCAGAGUGACAACUGUGGUGUCUUGAGUGUGACUGCCUUGAAGGCCACUGACCUUCCAGCUGGUGACAGUAACGGAAAGUCUGACCCAUACGUCAAGUUGUUCUUGAACACUGAGCGUGACAACUUCUUCAAGAGUAAGAAGAUCAAGAAGACAUUGAAUCCUACUUGGAACGAAACUACCGAAGUCGAGCUUACCAACAGAUAUGAUACCGUCAUCAAGGUCGUGGUGUUUGACUGGGAUGUCGGUCCAGAGCAGGACGACUUGUUGGGUACAGGUUAUCUUAAAUUGUCUGAGAUGAACUCUGAAGGUGAAACCGAGCUUUCUGUGCCGUUGUUUGACGAGGACGAGAAAGAUGCUGGUAUGGCUUAUUUCAAACUCAGCUUUGAACCUAAGUUUAUCCUUCGCUUCACUCCCGAGGGCAAGAACUUCGGUGGUGCUUUGGGUACCGGUGUUGGUGCCGUGGGCCACCUUGGUAAAGGCGUCGGUAAAGGUGUUGGAAAGGGUGUUGGAAAAGGUUUCGGCACUGUCGGAAAGGGUCUCCGUAAGGGUUUACACCUUGGCAGAUCGUCAGAUGACUAA